CCCGGAAGUAGCUUCCGCUGUGGAGAGCAUUUGUGAAGCUGCCAUUUUACCAAGCUUACGCACAAAUGAGUCAUGGGGGUCAAAGUGGUCCAGCUCACCUCCAGGUCCCACCAUGAGAACAUCCUGGCCUCUCUGCACCAGCUGAGGCUGCAGGGACAGCUGAAUGACGUCACUGUGCAGGUGGACUACCAGGGAGACAUGCAGGAGUUUCAGGCCCAUCAGUUGGUGCUCGCAGCCUCCAGCGGCUACUUCAAGAAGAUACUUCUCUCUCAGGAUGCUGCAAAAGACAAAGUAUUGCUCUCCAACAUGCACUGGAGCGACUUCUCCAAGUUUUUGGAAUUCGUGUACACGGGUAAAGUUGAGGUGGUCAGAGACAAGGUUGGCGAUGUUCAAGCAGUCGCACAGCUUCUGGACUGUGAGGAUCUAUCUGAGGUUUGUGGCGAGGCCAUGAGUGCUGGAAUCCUACAAAAACCUACAAAGAAAAAAGCUGCAUCAAAAGUUGCGGAUAAAGGCGAUUUACAUGGUGCAAAGAAACUAAAAGGGACUAAAGGGAAGAAGCAGCCCAAAAAAGUAUCUCUUAAGCGGCGGCUCUCUCCACAGAGCUCUGAGAAAGAGGUCAUUCCUAAAAGAUUUAAGGCAAAGAACGCAGUGAAUGAUGAAAAACGACAAGGGAGAGGCCUAAAUCUGAGGCUGGCUGGCCGUAAAGUCAUUCAGAGGCGUUUGAAUACUAAAAGGGGGCUUAACCAUAACAACGAAAACCAAGCAACCAAUGAGGACACGGACGAGAAUGAGGACAGGACGGACGGCGAGGCUGUGGCAGAGAAAGGAAACAAGGCGUCGGUUGUAAUGCCAGUAUCUGAUGAGGAGGAUUGGGAAUGCGAUCCUGAAGACUCCUUUUUGUUAGCUCUGGAGGAGGACGACGAGGAGGAGGACGAGGAGGACGAGGAGGAGGAGGGAAAGGCCAAGCAGACACUAAAAAGUACCUCCAAGGCCCAGUUCCAGUGUAACAAGUGCCAAAGGACCUUCCACUAUGAGAGAAGCUACUUGAAGCACAUCAGUACGUACCACGGAGUGAAAGCAGACGUCAUCUAUCGCUGUGAGAUCUGCCAGCAGACCUUCGCCAACCGCAGCAACCUGAAGAUCCACGAAAAGCACGUCCACAGCAGCGAGAGGCUGUUCUCCUGUGAAAUCUGUGCAAAGACCUUCAAACGGAAGAAGGAUGUUGUCCGCCAUCAAAGACAGGUACACGAACGCAACAACAUGCGACAUGUCUGCCCCAACUGUGGGAAGGCGCUCAGCUCCAAAACUGCCCUGUUGUUGCAUGAGAGGACUCACACGGGGGCAAAGCCUUAUGAGUGCACCGACUGCGGGGCCCGGUUUACCCAGAACUCUGCCCUCAAGAUGCACCGCAGGACUCACACAGGAGAGAAGCCAUUUGCAUGUGACGAGUGUGAAGCCCGCUUCACUCAGAAGCACAUGUUGGCCUAUCAUAAGCGAUCACACACAGGUGAGAAACCCUUCAUGUGUGAGGCCUGCGGGAAAAGCUUUGCAUCCAAAGAAUACCUGAGACACCACUCCAACAUCCACACCGGGUCCAAGCCGUACAAGUGUGAACAGUGUGGCCGAGGCUUCGCUCAGAGGAAUUCCCUCCACCAGCACUUAAAGAUACACACAGGUGAGCGUCCGUACAGCUGUAAAGACUGCGACAAGCAGUUCACGCAGCUCAACGCCCUCCAGAGGCACCAGCGCAUUCACACGGGAGAGAAGCCAUACAUGUGUGGUCUUUGUAGACGCACCUUCACUGACAAGUCCACCCUUCGCAGGCACACUAUGAUUCAUGACUCAGACGCUCCCUGGAAAACCUACCUCGUGGUGCUGGAGGGAAACGUAGAAGACAAGAAACCCAAAACUCCCCCGAAGGGAAAGACAGAAAGAGCAGGAGCAAAGGAGAAGAAGAGCACGGCUAGAAAGAGUACCGCUGGUACCGGUACUGGUACUGCUGACGAUCAGGAUAGAACCGACACCGACUCCUUCGUGGCGACGUCUGAACCAGUCACCCUCCCGUCUGAAUGGACCAGUCAGGGGGCCAUCGCUCUGGUCAGCCACGGCGCCCUGGGCGGGAUCACCGUCAUCCACACCGAGAUGCCGGCGGGGACUCAGAUCCAGCCCAUCAUGACCACAGACAGCACUGGGGCCAGCGUCAUCUCCCUGGAUGGAUCCUCCAUCCCUUUCACGAUACCAGUGUCCAUGGCUCACGCUCUCCCCCUGUGCUCCUCCACCUCCUCCUCCACCUCUCUCUCCUUACCCACUCUCUCCAUUCCCGUGUCUGGCGGCACGUUGGCGUCCAUCACCGACAUCCAAACCAUUUCCACGUCGUCCGUCCUGGAAGCCGCUGCCUCGCAGACCAUUUUGGCUCCCGUUUCGGAGACUAAGGCCGCUUCCGAGGGGGCUAUUCUGCAGCCUGAUAUUCAGACUGUGGUUGUCGGUGACCAUGUUUGUGGAACAGAACGAACAGCGACGGUCCCAUGUGAUGAAGAGCAGAGGACAGCUGAUUGACCACUAAGGCGAAUCUGAAAUGCCGUGUAGAAAAUGCAUGUGAAUAGAGAGAAUUUAAUCAGGGUUUGGGGGAUUUAAAAUCCUAUCAACCCGGCUUUUCAUGUUAUAUCAUGUAUAUACUUUGGCAUUAGCAGCGUGUAUGUGAAUGUGUGGUCAUCAUUAUGAUCUAUAGUCCAACACACUUGGAUGUGAUAUUCAGUGUUUGUCACACUCCUUUUGAAUAUGAAGGUAUUCAUUAAAAAACCCUUAAAUCACAUGUUUUAUGUGAUGAAUCAAAAAUACGAUUACGGUAUUGGUCUGAUUUAAAUAAAUAAUACUGCACAAAUCAUAUUGAGCAUAAAUGUUAAAUCAUUAAAGAUGCUGCCAAACAUCACAUCAGGUUCCACACGUUACCCAAUCAAUUUAAUAGCAGACAUAUGUUCCCCCUUUAAUAAGUGUUGCAGGAGUUUGAUGUUCAGUAGGAUGAGCUGGGAACCUUGGCGGCUGUACAGCAGCCCCUCUGAGAAUCCUCAAGUACCUUUCCGUACACCUUUGGAAUAACAGCGUACUCUUUGCAACUCUGCUGAUGAUUUAUGCUGGUCUGAAUGUAAAUGAAGUUGUGUAAAUCCUUCAAGAAUUCUGGCACCAUCUG